AUGCAUCGUCCAGCACCGCUGGCCACCGGGGACAGGAUCAGUGCCUACCCUGACGUGUCACUUGCCCGGCUCGUCCCUUACAAGUCACAGAAGCUGCCCUUGGCCAGUGUCCCCGGGAAGUCGGAGGAGCGCCUAGCCACGGCUGUGCCGCUGCUGCCCGGCACUCCGUCAGCCUCGGAGCUCCCAGAAGCAAAGGGCUGCUGUGUGGGGAGCAGAGGACAAGCUCUGCUGGGGCUCGUCUUGCCGGCAGCGGCAGCCCUGGGAGCCAGGUGCAGGGUGCUGGGAGCUGGGAGCUGGGAGCUGGGUGGAGGUAGCUGGGGGCCGGGAGCCGGGUGGAAGCCACGGCAGGGAGCCGCCUGUAGGAGAUGGUGGAGUAACAGGGCAAGUGAGGGCCUGUGGGUCUUAGAGAGGAGGCCGAGGCUGCAGAGGAGAGGCCCAGAGUGGGGGGCCCCCAGGCGGCCACCAAGCAGGCUUGUCCUGCAGGUGGCCAAGGCCGCUUUGGGGCAGUUUGGGGAGUGCCUGGGCUCCUGCUUGGGUUGUCAGGGUGCAGGACAUGGGGUGGGGUUGAUGUGGGGUGACAGGUGGGGAUUUGGGGUCAGCAGGCAGAACUCGACCUCAUGGGGAAGGGCAAAGAGCAAGGCCGGGGUCCCCCAGAGGAGUGAGCACAAGCGCCAGGGGCCAGCAGGGUCAAGGUCAAGAGCGCAGGGCAGGGGCUGGGCAGGAGGUGGACUGCAGGAAAGAGACGGGAGCCCCACCACAGGACGGACAGGGGCCCCUGCUUCCAAGGCGCUUCCAGUGAGAAGAAGCCCAGCCCCCACCAGCCAGGCACCCAAGGCCGUUUCCAAAGCCAUCGGAUGGGAGGCUAGGGUGCCUCUGCCGCAUGUGUGGACGGAGGAAGGACAAGACACGGGGCCGGCUCCUUGCGAGGUCUGUUUGGACAAGGAACCCGGGAGACGGAGGCGGGCGGGCGGGGGUGGGGGGCUGCCGCUAUGGGAUGGAGUCUGGCUCGAAGGAACCGCCAGGGCUGCCGGGAAGCCUGUGGCUCUGUUUUCGCGGCUGGACAGUUUCAGACGUGCUGAAGCGGCAGCCGCUCAAGGUCCCGACACCCGUGCGCUCGGCCCCGAGGACCCCCGGGCUCCGCAAGCGGCCAUCCGGCCCGAGACCCCGAGACCGUGGAGGCGGGCGGCAGGCUUGCCCGGCGGGUGCAGAUGCCUUCCGGCUCUUUCUUGCAGAAUUACCAGGCUGCAGGCUCCUAGAGGGGCCUUUCCGGGUUCCGUCCAUCAGUACUUCUCCGUUAGGGCUGUUUCAUCAGACUGUGUAAUCACCCAGUUUGGAAUUUAUGUCUAGAAACGCAGUAAUUUGGGGAUCAAAGGGUCUCUUGAAAUAAACAUGUCCGUCUGUCCACACACCAGAGCUCUGCUAGAACUUACUUCCCGAAUGAGGCCGGGCGACAGAAAGGACCCUGCCCCGCCCCACCGCCUCACCCUCGGUGGGAUUCUCCAUGCUUCGGCUUGUUUUAUUAAGGAAAGAUACGGGCGUGUUACAAACCCCACUUACCCUGGUCCACGGAGGUUAGCAGCCCCCGCUCCACCCCCAGAACACCCUGACCCCCGAGAGAGUCCCCAAGGACCC